CGGCUCGGCGCCGCCCCCCGGUACGUGCGGAGCCGCAGGCCCGCAAUGAGCCCCGCGCCCGCCCCCGCCCGCCGGGCUCGAACCGGCACCGCCGCAGCCACCGGGCCCCAGUGACAAGGAGGGCUCGGCAGCCGGAUCGCAAAUGAAGUGCGAGAACUGCACCAAGAAGGAAUGCAGUAAAAAACAGAAAAACGAUGAUACGCAAAGUACGUCUGUGGAUGCAGUGAGCUCAAAUGAUGGUUUGGAAGAGAAAAAUGAGUUUCAUACGUUGGCUAAUGCUAAAAUACUCCUUAGCGAUUGCCUAGCGUGUGACAAUUGCAUGACAUCAGAAGAAGGAGCCAGAGUUUUCCAACAGAAUCAGAAGGAGCUUUUUCGUGUUCUUAACCUUAAUAAGAAAUGUGAUACCUCAAAACACAAAGUGUUGGCAGUGUCUAUAUGCCCUCAGUCAUUGCCUUAUUUUGCUGCUAAAUUCAAUCUCUCUGUGAAUGAUGCAGCCAAGAGACUCUGUGGUUUCCUCAAAAGUCUUGGGGUGCAUUAUGUAUUUGACACCACUAUAGCUGCUGAUUUCAGUAUCCUGGAGAGCCAGAGGGAAUUCGUGCAGCGGUAUCAACGGAGGACCCAAGAGGAUCAUGCCUUACCAAUGUUUGCCUCUGCUUGCCCUGGUUGGAUCCGGUACGCUGAAAGGGUACUUGCCAAUCUGGUGACCCCUCACAUUUGCACUGCAAAGUCUCCACAGCAGAUCAUGGGCUCCCUGGUAAAGGGCUACUUUGCCAGGCAGCAGAACUUGUCUCCUGACAAAAUUUUCCAUGUAAUUGUGGCACCUUGUUAUGACAAGAAGCUAGAAGCCUUGCGGGAAGAUUUCUACACUGCCUUGUAUAAUUCACAAGAAGUUGAUUGUGUUCUGACAUCAGGUGAAAUUGUCCAAAUAAUGGAGCAGAAAAAUGUGUCUCUGAAAGAUGUGACUGAAGUAGCUGUAGAUACCUUGUUUGAUGAAACAAAGGAGGGAGAGGUUGUAAGGCAUGAUGGGAAGAGAUCUGAUGGUUACCUGGAGCACAUUUUUAAACAUGCUGCAAAGGAGCUUUUUGGCAUGGAUGUCAAAGAAAUCACCUACAAAGCAUUAAAGAACAAGGACUUUCAAGAAGUUACCCUUGAAAAGGAUGGCGAGACAGUGCUGCGUUUUGCAGCAGCUUAUGGCUUUAGAAAUAUUCAAAACUUGGUUCUGAAGUUGAAAAAAGGGAAGUUUUUAUACCAUUUUGUAGAAGUCCUUGCCUGCCCAGGAGGGUGCCUAAAUGGAAAAGGUCAGGCACAGACCGAAGAUGGCAAACCAGAUAAAGCCCUGCUCAGCCAGAUGGAAGAGGUGUAUGCUGCAAUACCUGUCAGGCUUCCAGAAACCAACGUGCGUGUACAGAGGAUGUACCAGGACUGGCUGGAAGGGGUGGACUCUAAGAAGGUCCAGGACACUUUGCACACUAAAUACAGUGCAGUAAAUCAGACAGUAAGCAACCUCGAUAUCAAGUGGUAAUCCAUGAUUCUCGCAGAAGAUUUGCGUAGGUUAGUUACAGAUUAAGCACUGGAAACACUAUGCAAUCGCAGACGCUAUGCACUAGCCGAGGGUGUGAAUGAGACGCUUCCCAAUGUGGAUUAUUAUUAUUUGCGAAGAACUGUUGCUUCUUAAAAACAGAAAGAGAAGUUUCUGAAAGCCCUAGUUCUUGCCAUUGUCAUUUCACUUUUACUGUGUGUAAUCUCCUGUGUAUAAUGGAUUUCAUUGUUUUAAAAUGUGAUCUAGGAAGGUACGGAAGCACUUCCUGCCAGGUGCAGGGAGCAUAAUUCCUGAAGCUGCUCCCUGAAGUGAAGGGUUCCCUUCAAGUUACACAAUGGGCUCCCCAGGAAGCCAUGGAAAUUUUGCUCUUGUUCUAGGUGUGCGAUCCCUUUCAUCGUGGGAGAACAGUCAUGAACUUCAAUAUUUUUGCAAUUGUCAUGAGUUAACUUGGGAUUUACUUCUCUUGUUAACAAACAGGCCCUUUACUGGGACAAGUGUGUAGAUGGAGAGGUGUAAUGAAUUGAUGUAUGCUUUCUACCCAUAUUUUAACAGUGAUCCAGUUCCAAGCUAGUCACCAUUCCUUACUGUUCCUAAGGAACAGGAUGCUUCAUAUAAACUGGACUUGGGAACCUCAUGCUAAAUGGUUAUAAUGCAGUCCUUCGUUAAAAGUAGUUCUGCGUGGGUUCGUUGGUACAAAGAGAACUUUUAAGUGUUCUUAGAAACUUGCAGGUAGGAAGAGCGGUGCUGCUUACUCUGGCUUCUUAAUGAUGGUGGAAUGUGCACGUGUGCUGUCAGGUGAGCUCCUGCACGCCACAGCUUUGCUCGAUUGACCCAGACUCGCAGCACUCCUAUUCUCUCAUGUUUUGUGAUACGCAAUCUGGAUUGUUCUUUCGUUAUUUCCAUGUUGACCUACUUCUGUGAAAACAACUUCAUGGGGUUGCUCUGGAAAAAAUACUGAAUCGUGCUUUUGAGCUACUCAAAGUUACUAUGCGUGGGCAUCAUCAGUUUUGGUGCACUCUUGGUUUUUUAAGUGUGCUGUAGAGGCUUCAUUUGUUGGUUCAGAUUUGUUGGUGAUUAAUGGCUGUUAGAGCUGCAGCUUUGCCAGCUUCACCUUUUCCACUCUGAAGCUAUGGAUGGACACUUUUAAUAAUUUCAAGCAGUUUGAAUGAAUCUUCUUUAAAUUUCUUAAUAUUCCAGCCGCUUGUAGGAGUACGAUCCACUGCAGCAAACUGUUUGAAAUCCACAUUUAGCUUGAACACAGUAGAUGAGAUAAAGACAUCAGAGAAAUCAAUAUAAGUUCUUCCCAGCCAGUUGUGUUACCCUGAUGACAAGAGAUUGUUCUCCAGAUGUGAAGCUGUUUAAAUAGAAUUGCAGCUUUCAAUUAGACCUCCUCUUAAAUAACAAAACAUUUCGCUUGAAGGGGGUGUUUUCUUUCAGGUGCAAAUGAAUUUGAUUACUGUGCUACCUAAAUGCACACAAUGAGAUUAUACCCAAAAAUUAGCCUUUAAGUUGUUCCUUGUAAUAAAAACAUUAUCCUUAAGUGGUGCAAUAUCAGAACAUCUACAGAAAUCUACCUCUGUACAGGAAGGGAGUCUAGAAAUUGUGGGAAGACCAAAACGUUAAUAAAUGUCCGCUAAGGAAAUAUGGUAGUGGUGCGUGAAACUCCUGAACAGAUUGCUUUUAGAAGCAACAUCCAACUCCUUUAGUCCAAUUUUCUUUCUCUGUCAUGGUUUCCUCCAAACACUUCAACAGAAUUAUCUUGUAAUAAGUGGUCUUGUUCUGUUUGUACAGGCCUAUGUUUCUAUGUAUAUAUGGUUUAUAGCUCGAUGGCAUGUUUAAAUUAUAUCGCUUCCGUUCUUUGUACAGUAUGCUUAUUUUUUUAUGUGUGAAAUGGUACAAAAAAAAAAAAAGCUGUCUGCUUUUCUGAUGAAGUCUUCACUGAACUGCCUGAGAGCUGCCUUGCUGUUGGGAAGGAACACUUGAACUGUGUGUGCAACUGAAAAAUACUCCUCUUGAGUGGGUGGCACUGUGGUACCUGCUCCAUUUGGCCAUUCCGCUCACCUGUUGCGCUGCAGAGCCGCCUGUCCCGUGCUGCUGGGAGACCCUGGGUAUGGGCCAGUAGGUGAAAUAAAUCCCUCUGCCGUAUUCUGGGCUGUGUUCCUGCUGCUCAGUGGUGGCUCUGUGCGUAAAAUAAACUUUUGCAGUUGGAUCCCGCAUUAGUUCCAUCUACUCGAGUGUUCUAACCCACUGAGAUAGUAUUGAUGUAAAAAACAAGUAGGUGUUUGUCUGCCAGUGUUCUGUUGAGAGGCCAGGCAGGAUCCGACUGGGCAGAUUUAGUGGCUAGGUGGAAUGUAUGUAUUAUAACUAGUGGCUUAGUGACUGAUUCUUGUCUCUGUCAGCCUUUAUUUUACAAGACUUUUUGGAGUAAAACUGAUUUCAGGUUUUUAAAGCCCUUUUCUUUUAAGUGCCAGUUGAAAAGAAAACAAGAACAGUUUUUUCCCUUGACUGUAGUUUUUUCCCCUUCCACUUCACUGAAGUUUUAACAUAGAUCAGAAAGUUUUGUUGCAAUUUCAUAUAUAGUGAAAUACUUGCCUAAGAAUUGAUUCUGGCUUUUAAGCCAGGGAGUCUGUAAUUGCUGACAAUAUAUGCUUCUAGCCAUGCUUUCUGAAACUGCAGCAUUACUUAAUUUUCUGAUAUGAUUUUGGCAACUAAUGAUUUUCGUUGCUCCUGCCUUUUCAGCAGUGGGAAGAGUUCCCAGCACGAUCACAGCCACUGUGCUUUCCUCCUCUGCUGAGACAAUCUUGUGUCAAGAUGGUUUCUAGAAAGGACCAAAUUGGAGGGAUUGUGGGAAAGUUAACUGGAAAUGCUAAACUGACUUGAAAAAUAAGUUGGGCUAUUAUUGACUUGAGUGUAUCAAGUGGGUUAUAGUCCUUUAUUCCGACACAGCUACAAGGGAAAUGUAUUGUGAAGUGCUGCUACAUCUUCCCCGGGGAGUUUGCCUCAGCCCCCUGGUGUUUGUCCUCUCUAGUUGAUGGACAGGGACAGACGUGGGCUGCGCUGUCGCUUGGAAUAACGGCUGCAUCCGUGUGCAGCAGUCUCAACUGGAUCAUAUUUGGAUUAAUGUUCAGUUACCUACGUUUUGGUGCUUUGUAUUCAAAGGAGCAUGAUAAUGAAUUGUCCUAAAUAAAUCUUGAUACUGAGUGA